AUGGGCUCUCGUGUAAGAAACGCGCUGCCUUUUGCGUUUCUGUUGAACGCACCUGAAUUGGUAGUGCGACGCAUUUCCACUCUACUUGCUCGGGUCAGACCAUUCCGACCUGUCGCUCCAUGCUGGGAAUGCUCCAAGCGACGACUGGUGUGCGAUCUGGGGACGCCCAAGUGCCGAAAAUGCCGUGUUCGAGGCGUGGACUGCCCUGGCUAUCAACACAAACCUCUCCAGUGGAUGCGGCCCGGCCAGACCAGAUCCAAGGGAGCUCAAUCGGCAAAGACACUAGGCGUCUCCUGCCCUCCCGCGAGAAGCGAUGAGAUUAUCACCAAUUGUACCUUUUUGGGACAGAAAACUUCGACUCGGGCAAAAGCGUCUGAGGACUCAAAAGCUGAGGAUGUCAGCAGCACUCCUGCCUACAACAUCAACAUCGCGCCCGAUUUGUCGGGGAUUAGCCUGGAAGGCGCUGCCAGCCCUUUCAUCGUUCCGUCGUCCUAUGUGUCGUGGAUACCUCCCGCAAUAUCACAGACACUCAUAUGCAGCGCCCUUGGCCAUCGUAUCUUGCAGACCGCUGAGGGCUUUGAGCGUGAGCGCAACGCAAUGGCCCUAAACUUACGGCAAUGUCGAGGCGAAGCUCUCCAGCUAGUCCGCAGGGAGCUGACUGGUGGCCGCGACUCCAUUAUGCCAAUACUAUGCCUACUGCUCUCCGAGGACCUUUUCGGCGACAGGACUUUGACCUGUAUACCGUGUGCUCCCGGUCUCCUAGCUGAAGUUAUCCGCAUUAAUUAUUACCGCUUUCUUAAGGACGGCGCAACGUCACUCCUGUCGGAUAGCGCGGAUCAAUUGCCAUCCGGUUCGGACAUUCUCAGACGCGUCUUAAACUUCUCCCCUGAGCUAUGGGCGUCUGAGGUCGUGGCGAAUUCUGAUUUUAGCACGGGAGGCAGCUUGGACGAGACUGGACAGGGCUUUGCGGUGCGAAGAAUGGGCUGGGAACGUAUUGGUCGUAUUUAUCAAUCCGCCGUGGUACUCUACUGCCUAGCUUCUCAGCCACAGGGAUUCGACCACGUUCGCGAGUCUGACCAGUGGACGUCCCUCCGUGCCGGCCUUUUGCAGGAUCUAAGAGACUCGUCGCUCGAUGCCUGCAGCCAUCACCGCAAGCUGGUCAUCUGGCCGCUGACGAUACUCGGCCUUGCGCUCAACUACGACGACGGCGGCGCCCAGCAAUUUGUUCUGCAAGAGCUGAAGUGGGCGAGCGCGGCGUUGGGGACCGCGACACCAUUGGUGGCGAUACAGCUACUCGAGCGCACUUGGCAGGGGUACAGUGGAUGGGAAUGGGAUAAACUCUUUGAUCGGCCUUAUAUUUUCGCCCUGUGA